ACAGACACAGGCCUUGCGCUGGAUGUGCUUGCUGCUGCUGGUGCCCAAUUCUGCGCAGUUUGAGACAGACUGCGGCUGUCGUCCGGGUAGGGGGCGGGAGGCACGUAUCAUCGCUGGAUCCACCACACACGAGGGACAAUUUCCGUGGCAGGCAUCACUGGAGCUGCUACAUCCGUCGCUGGGAUUUCUGGGCCACUGGUGUGGUGCUGUUCUUAUUCACCAGUACUGGAUACUCUCCGCAGCCCACUGUGUGCAUAAUGAUCUCUUUAACCUGCCCAUACCACCGCUGUGGACGGUGGUGCUGGGCGAGCAUGAUCGCAACGUGGAAACGGGCAAUGAGCAGCGUAUUUCCGUUGACAAAAUUGUGCUACAUCAUCACUAUCACAACUUCCGACAUGAUGUGGUGCUCAUGAAGCUGUCCAAGCCAGCGGAUCUCUCACGCACCUCUCACAUUCGACGCAUUUGCCUGCCAUUCAUGCUAAGGAAGCAACAGGAGUCAGCGCCGCCAGCAUCGGAAGAUAUUCUCAGUCAGCAGCUGGAACUGGACGAUGUGCCCGAGAAGAUUGACAACUUUCUGCGCAGUGUGCAGAGUCGCAGGCGCUAUCGCAAUGUGACUGCACCCACCUCCAUAAACAUGUCCAUGCGAGAGCUGAUGAACAUGAAGAUAUUGAGCAGAUUGCGUCAGGCUCUAAGACAAUCUCCACGAUCCCCGCGUAGUCUCAAACGCACGCGUAGACGCAAUGACAAACUGAUGAAGCUGAAACUGGAUUCGGAUCAGGAAACUCAGUUUGGCAGCAGGGGCGGAGGGGAGGAGGCGCACGAGAUGCCCUUUUUUGACUGUGUGGCCACCGGAUGGGGUAAGGCAAACAUCAGCGGUGAUUUGUCCAAUCAGCUUCUCAAAACACAGGUGCCGCUGCAUCAAAAUCACAGAUGCAGAGAUGCCUACGGCAGCUUUGUGAAUAUCCAUGAUGGACAUUUGUGCGCGGGGCAGCUCAAUGGAGAGGGCGGCACCUGUGUUGGUGAUUCGGGUGGACCACUGCAGUGUCGUCUCUCACGGGAUGGACCCUGGAUAUUGGCCGGAGUCACGUCUUUCGGUUCGGGCUGUGCACUUGAAAAUUUCCCGGAUGUUUAUUUACGCAUCUCGUAUUACCUAAAUUGGAUUGAAGACACAAUAGCCUCACAUUAAGGCCAGAUCCACUCGAAAGGACAAACGAAACUUGAUUACAGUUUACUGCUGU